AUGGCCUUCUUCUCUUCUAUCCUCAAUUGGCUCCGAUCUUUAUUCUUUGCUAAACAUCUCGAAGUGACAAUAGUAGGUUUACAAGCAAGUGGUAAAACCUCUCUCGUAAACGUCUUAGGAUCAGAUCAAUGGUCAGAAGAUGUAGUACCUACAGUCGCGUUCAACCUUCGUCAAGUAAGAAAAGGAAACGUCACUAUGAAAGUUUGGGAUGUGGCUGGACAACCGAAAUUCAGAGGUAUGUGGGAUAGGUAUUGUCGUGGUGCUGAUGCUAUCAUAUACGUAGUAGAUGCAGCAGAUCCAAAAUCACUUCCAACAGCAACAUCAGAACUUCAUUCCCUUCUCUCCUUGCCGGCACUCUCAAACGUCCCAUUAUUAGUUUUAGCAAAUAAGAAUGAUCUUGCCGAUGCUAUAGGUGUAGAUGAUUUGAUAAGAUUAAUGAGAUUAGGUGAGAUAAGAGGGAGGGUAGUUUCUUGUUACUCCACAAGCAACAAGACGAAACAUAAUCUUGAUAUCGUAAUUUCCUGGCUCACACAACGAGCUCAUUGA